UGCAGCGGGGGCGUGCAGCCACGGCCCUGCAGCGGGCGGCGGCACGGGUGCAGCCACUGGGGGCGGUGCGGCUGCGGUCGAGCAGCGCGGAGGAGGAUAUGGAUCCCAAGAUCAAGGAUCUUGUCGACCAGAUCGCCUCUCUUAGCCUCCUCGAAGCGGCGCAACUCACCGACGCCCUCAAGGAGCGACUCGGCAUAUCAGACGCGAUGAUGAUGCCGGCAGCGGGCGCUGCGCCGGCGGCGGGUGCGACGCCGCCGCCGGCAGCGGAGGAGGCGGCAGCGCCAGAGAAGACGGCGUUUAGCGUCAAGCUGGAGAAGUUUGACCCCGCCAGCAAGAUUAAGGUCAUCAAAGAAGUGCGCGCUCUCACCGGCCUGGGGCUGAAGGAGGCAAAGGAGCUGGUGGAGAACGCGCCCAAGGAGAUCAAGGCCGACGUCAAAAAGGAGGAAGCGGAGGAGCUCAAGGAGAAGCUCGAGGCUGCAGGCGGUACCGUCGUUAUUGAGUAGGAGGUGAUCUCACAUAAUACCUAUGAUUUCGGAUGGUCGUGGGUGACAUCUCGACGCGAGGCACCUAAUAUAUAGAGUACCUUCGGCCGGGCGGAGGCGCGGGCGAGCGAGACCGAGCGGCGCGGGCGAGUCGAGUCACUGUUGGCUAGAGCGUACUACAAGGGCGUGUAGUGCGUGCAGCUUUGUGUGUGGCUCUCUAAGUACACAGAAAAAAAAAGUUGUGUGCGGCCGCGAGCCGAACGAGGUCGU